AUGGACUCGGAGGAGGAGGGAAGGGACUCGGGGGAGGCGGUGAUGGACUUGGUGGAGGUGGAAAUGGACUCGGGGGAGGCGGCGAUGGUUCAGCUGGCACCGGAGGUGGCGGCAAAGGCACUUCCGGAGGCGGAGGAAACGGUGGUGGCGGUGAAGGUGGCGGCGGUGAUGGUGAAACCGGAAUCGGAGGUGGAGGUGGUGACGGUGAAAUUGGCGGAGGAGAAAAUGGAGGUGGUGAUGGUGCAAACGGAGGAGACGGCGACGGAGGAGGAGGUGGUGGAGGAGGAGAUUCGAGCACCACGGGAGGCGGCGGCGAGCUUGGCACAGCUGGAGCUUGCGGGGGAGGAGAUUCAGGAGGAGGAGGAGGAGGAGAUUCGAGCACCACGGGAGGCGAUGGUACAAUCACUUCGACUGGUGCUUGCGGGGGAGGAGAUUCAGGAGGAGGAGGUGGUGGAGGAGGAGGAGGAAGAAGAAGCUCUUCGUAAUCGUCCGGAAAUUCGUCGAGCGGUGCCGGCGGUGGAGAUAACGGUGGUGGCGCAAGGGGUGGAGGACUUGGCGGCGGCGGCAUCGGUGAAGAGGGAGAAGGAGGAGGCGAGGCCACAAGAACAACUUCCACGGGCGCUUCCGGUGAGAGCGGUGGUGGAGGUUGUGGACUCGAGGGAGGCGAUGGUACAAUCACUUCGACUGGUGCUUGCGGUGAAACUGGUAGUGGCGGUGGCAGAAAAGGAGGAGGAGGUGGUGGCGGCGGCGACGCUUCGACAAUUUCAACCGUGGGUGAUUGUGGUGGCGGCGGCGGCGACGCUUCGACAACUUCAACCGCGGGCGAUUGUGGCAACGGCGGCGGCGGUAAAGGAGUAG